AUGACACCAUUGACUGAUCUGACUGUGGCGGAGGGCUCUCCGGCCCGGUUUGUGACCGCACUGUCGGGCUCUCCCACACCGAAGAUCAGUUGGUAUCGCGACGGGCACUUCGUUGAGGCCACCCGCGAUUUUCAGAUGUCUCAGGACUCGGCCUCGUGUUCGCUUGUCAUACGACAAACCUAUGCUGAGGACGAAGGCCUCUACGAGUGCGUGGCGUCGACUCCCGUCGGACAAAACCGGACGUCCGCUCGACUCUCCGUUGAAAAAGUAAAAACUUCGGCCGUAAAGCAGUUGUCAGGAGAAGAAACAGAGAUUCAGGAAUUGGAUGAAUGGGAGGUAUUGGACAACAAGGAGGAGAGGGCACCGGAAUUCAAAGUGCCGAUCAAAGGGUCGUCGGUUGCCAUCGGAGACAACGCUGUGUUUGAAUGCUGUGUCGACGGAACGCCAAAACCGGAGAUCUAUUGGUUUUGCGGCAAUCGAAAGGUCCGUUCGUCACGUUUUAUCCGCAUUUCCAGAGACAAAGAGGUGUCGAAACUGGAGAUAAUGAACGUAAAGCCUUACGACACCGGAAAGUAUACCGUCAGAGCUAUCAAUAAAGCGGGCGUUAAGUCAUCCUCAGCCACACUCACUGUCAAAGACAUCAAAUGGUUUCAUAACAACAGAAGAAUCAAAGAAUCGAAAAACUUUGUCAUAGAAUAUGAGCCGCAAUCGGGUUUAGCGAGUCUUACCAUUAAAGAGAUCUUU